CCGACGUUGCAUAUGGGCUCACUUACUCGCCGGCUGUCCCGCGUGGGUGGGUGUCGGUUUGUUGUGAUCUGUUAUCACAUCUUGACAAUUAAACCAGCGGCACCGGAAUCUUUCAGUGAGGGACAGUUGAGUUGUGGUACCGCUAGUUUCAAGUUUCCGCGUGGCCCCAACCUGUCCUCUCCAGGAGAAGACCUCCUCUUCCUCUGCGACCACUGUCUGCUCCGUUUCCCCUCCGAGGACAUUCUGAAUCUGGAGCAGAACCAGGCUGACAUGGCCUCUCUGGAAAUAUCGCCGCGACUCGACACCGCGCUGCCCACCUCCUCGUGCAUGCUGGCCAAGUUCAAGCAGGAGCCGUUCGCCGAGAUGCCACCUGGAGCCUCGCUUUUCGGCGACGAUGUCCAAGAACUCAAGGCCAGCAAAACGUCUUCCCUCAACUUCACGGCUGCCUUUUAUGGAAAGAGUUUCUUGGAAAUGGACAUCAAAGACAAAGCGGACAGCGGGUUCGAAGAAAAGCAAAGAAAAGAGAUCUACUCGCAACCCGAGCCAGGAGAGGAAGAGAAGAGCGAAGACACGGAGCGACCGAGACAGAGGAAGAGGAGGAAGCCGCGCGUGCUGUUCUCCCAGGCGCAGGUGUACGAGCUGGAAAGGCGCUUCAAACAGCAAAAAUACCUGUCCGCGCCCGAGCGAGAUCACCUGGCCAGCGUGCUGAAACUAACUUCAACGCAGGUGAAGAUCUGGUUCCAAAACCGGCGGUACAAGUGCAAGCGACAGCGGCAGGACCAGACGCUGGAGAUGGUAGGAAUCCCGCCGCCGAGACGCAUCUCGGUCCCGGUUCUGGUUCGGGACGGGAAGCCCUGCUUGGGAGACACGUCCACAUACAGCACGUCCUAUAAUGUGGGCAUCAAUCAUUACACUUACAACACCUACCCGGCCUUCAGCAACUACCCGAGUCCCGGAUGCAACUCUAACUACGCGUGCAGCUACCCCGCAGCCACCAUGCAGACCAUCCAGUCUCCCUCCACCGGUGGCAACUACAUGAACUUCGGCGUUGGGGACCUGGGCAACGUCCAGACCCAAUUUCAGUCCGGCAACGGAGUGUCCUCGCUUCACGGAAUCCGAGCGUGGUGAAAAAGGGUGGUCCGAAUUGCAGUGUAAACGUUACACAGAGCCUCAGAGCGAAAUUCGACGGAAUUCUUUAUGAACUGGUCUGUGCCAAAACAACCGCGACAAAAGCGAGCUUCCAAAGGACAAAUCGAAGUUUUACCAUAAUUUUGAAGCAUAACCAUUUCUCAAAAUAAGAAGCCAAGCUUAGGCUACACCGCGUGCGUUGGAUGCUACAUUCAAUAGAACACGACACAUGGGACAAUCUAUCAAACUAAAGGAAACAUGCAACUGUUUUUGUCUUUUAUGUUAUUUUUUCUAAGUUGUUCACACAUAUGCCUAUGUGUUUUGUGCACUGUAAGCAGAAUUGUCGUACUGCAUUUGCCCGUGACGGAAAGACACACUACAUGUCAUUUCUUUCCAUAUGAAAAAAAUUAUUGUCCAUGAUCUCUCUUCGGACUUGUUGCCUAUGACGUGCGUGAUAUUUUUAUGGAGUAGUUUAUGAAGUUGCCUUGAGUUGAUUAUCUUAAAAAAAUGUUAUUAGUCGUGGUUUAUUUUAAGGACCACGUGUACAUGGCUUGAAAUAAUAAAUCGUGGAGCGAGAACAUGUUUUCCCAUAUUAUUCAGAAGCUCCUUGGAUUUUUUCGUAACAUUUUACUGGGGUAUUAAACCUGCAAGCCAUGUGCAUCGCAAUAUUUAUCUUACGCCCACAUCAACAUGUAUUAUGCUAUCCUAAUGUUAUUACAAAUAAAGAAAAAAGUAACGGGCUUGCCAAACAUCACAAUAUCACCAUAAAAUAACAAAAUUAAUUAGUCUACACUAAUAAUAUUUACUGUAAAUAAAGUCUGA